GCCUCUCUGCAGGCGGAGCGAGGAGCCAGAGAGGAGGCCACCGCCGCUCUGGAGGAGCUGAGGCUGCUGCUAGGGAGGUCCUGACCAGGAGGUCCAACAUCAGCAAGAAGAGCAGGAGAUCUCAGCCAUGAGAGACGAGGAGAAGGUCCUGAAGCAGAAGCUGGCCGACGCAGACAAGGUCAAGAAACAGCUCCAGUUGGACCUCAGCAGCAGAGACAGAACCAUCCAGCAGCUCAGAGCGGGAGGACAGACAACUCCUGCAGGUCUACCUGAGGGUCCGACCUUCACCUCAGCGGAGCUGUUUGACGGCGCCGUCAGAGAUCUGGUCCAGGAUGUCCUGGGAGGAGGAAACUCUCUGGGAAGACCUUCAUCUUCCUCGGUACCGCCCGGCCCGCCGCCUCAGGAGAGCUGGUGAAGCUCCAAAGAGGAGCCAGGCUGAACGCAGGAGGUGGCAGGAGGAGAAUCUGUCUCUGAUUGGUCAAGCCAAAGAGGCAGAAGACAAGAGGAACCAGGAAAUGAGGAAGUUUGCAGAAGACCGAGAGCGCUACUGCCGCCAGCAGAGCCUCUUAGAGUCCAAGCUGCUGGAGAAGGAGGCGGCCAUGGAGAGCUGGAGGAAGGAGAGGGACGCCCUGGUUGCUGCCCUGGAGGUGCAGCUGCAGAAGCUGCUGUCCAGCCAAGCAGAGAAAGACAAAGUCAUCAAGGAGCUGAGUGAGCAGAGCUCAAAGCAGCCAGCAGAGAAAGAUGGCCUCCAGAACCUCUGAUGUUCUGCUGUUGACCCGUAGCUGGAGGCUCAGCUUCAGGUCCGGUUGGUAUAGUUUCAUGCUCACUUUGCAUUCUUGGAAAUUUAAUAUGUUUAGACCGGCCACUGAUGAUUCUAAUCACAAAAAAGUGGUAGACAGACGUUUAAAAAUUGACUUCAAACAUUUAAUCUCAUGAAUUUGGGCUUUCACUGCCAUCUACUGUCAUGAGAG